AUGCCCAGCUCCAUCUACCAGCCUGACGGGGGGGAGGCAGCCUGCUGCCCCCCUCACUGCCUGGGGCUGCUGAGCCGCCCACCGCCGCCACCGGCCGCUGGGGCUGGGCAGCAGGGGCACGACGAACAGCCGCUGCCGGAGUCCGAGCCGGAGAGAGGAGGGCAGCAGCCCCCGCCCGAUCAGGAAGAAGCGGCAGCAGCGCUGAGGUUUGCCCUGGACCAGCUCUCCAUCUUGGGGUUGGAGGAGGAGGCAGAAGAAAGGGUGAUUGAAGAAGGAGGAGUGGAGGAGGAGGUGCUGGAGAUUGGGGAUGGAGGGUUGGAUGAAAUGGACCAUGGCUCAGGGCUGGACAGGGGAGUUGGGAUGCUGGGGGGGCUGCCAAUGUUGGAUCCAGAUGUGAGCCCCUCCACCUCCAGCACCACUUCCCCUCCAGAUGUGUUCAGCAACUUUCACCCCCACCUGGGCCACCACCACUCCAUCUUGGCUGAACAGAUGAGCAUCAUUGGAAGCAGAAAGAAGAGCGUGAACAUGACUGAGUGUGUCCCUGUCCCCAGCUCUGAACAUGUAGCAGAGAUUGUGGGGAGACAAGGCUGUAAGAUCAAAGCCCUGCGGGCUAAAACCAACACCUACAUCAAGACGCCAGUCAGAGGGGAGGAGCCCAUCUUCAUCGUGACCGGGAGGAAAGAGGAUGUGGAAAUGGCCAAGAGGGAGAUCCUCUCAGCUGCUGAACACUUCUCCAUGAUCCGAGCAACUCGCAACAAGGUCAACGGCCUGACGGGAACCGUGCAGGGUCCCCCCAACCUGCCAGGGCAGACCACCAUCCAAGUGAGAGUCCCCUACCGUGUGGUGGGCCUGGUGGUGGGGCCCAAGGGGGCCACCAUCAAGAGAAUCCAGCAGCAGACGCACACGUACAUUGUCACUCCCAGCCGAGACAAAGAGCCUGUCUUUGAGGUGACGGGGAUGCCCGAGAACGUGGACCGGGCCCGGGAGGAGAUCGAAGCCCACAUCACCAUGAGGACAGGCUCCUUCAUCGACGUCAGCGCAGACAACGACUUCCACUCCAAUGGCACCGACGUCUGCCUCGACCUGCUGGGCAGCACGGCCAGCCUGUGGGCCAAAGCCCCCAACCCUGCCUGCAGGCCUUCGGCCGGCCUUCGCAACGACAGCCUGAGCUCCCUGGGCAGUACCUCCACCGAAUCCUACUACAGUGGCCGGAUAGCCGACGCCAGCCCCACCAGCCCGUACAGCACCAGCAACGGCUUCAACUUCAGCGAGUCCCAGGCGCCACCGCUCAGCUCCGAAGACUCUGACUUCGGCUUCGAUUUCCUGGCCCUGGACCUCACCACGCCCACCACCAUCUGGUCUCCCUUCGAGCGCUCCAACCCCCUGCAGGCCUUCAGCAGCUGCUCCUCCAUCAACGGCUCACAGAGACGUAACAGCAGCAUCAGCAGGACGGCCACGCCACGACACUCCCCGACCCUCCCAGAGAGCAGCGUCGCCCUGGACCACCCCCUAGCCCGCCGCAUCCAGAGCGACCCGGUCAGCACCUUGUCCUGGCUGCCCACCCAGGGCUCGCUCUCCUCCUUCUCCAACAGCACAGGCUAUUCCUCCUCCUCCUCCCUGCCGGGCAGCAUCUCCGGCACCUCCGGCUCCCCCACGGAUUCCAGCAGCUCUGACGGGCACCGGAAGAGCUCCCGGGAGUGCAUGGUGUGUUUCGAAAGUGAGGUCAUCGCUGCCCUCGUGCCCUGCGGCCACAACCUCUUCUGCAUGGAGUGCGCCAUCCGCAUCUGCGGCAAAGCCGAGCCGGAGUGCCCUGCCUGUCACACCCCGGCCACUCAAGCCAUCCACAUCUUCUCCUAG